AAGCCUGAUAGUUGGAGUUUCAGAAGAUAUGGACUCAUGAUUCAAACCUUUAAAAAAAAAACUUUAACCUGCCCCAGCAGCUUUACAUUUUAAGAUUUAUAACAACAUCUUUGUUUCUCUUAUGCUGUUUGAACAUAAGUAUCCAUUUUAAUAAUAUAAUGACCUGAUUUUAUUGUGGUGUAGAUAAAGAUAAUAAUGAAAUUAUGGCUCCAUCGUUCAAGUUCUAAACUGACAUAAUGGUUGCAGCACCUAACAAGUAUAUAAAACAAUGCCUGAAAAAGUCAUGCCAAAAUGUAUUUAUUUUUUAAUUAAUUUGCCAAAAUAGUGUUAUUUUAUGGGUGAAAAAAAAAGAAAUCUAAAGGCACUUUGCUUGGUUCUCCAGUGGAAACGAAUCUUUCUAAAAAAAUAGAAAAUUGUCUCCACACGUGUAAAAUUUUAUUUUAUGUGCUAUUGUGUUAAAGGUGACCAAUACAAAAGCAGCUCAAUAGUUUUUUUUUUUUUUGUAGGUAUAUGUAUGGAGACUUAAAAGGCGUUUAGAAAAUCAUCAAUAAAAUGUUGAGGAAUCACAGUUCCAGAGUGCCAUCAAGGAACCCCAGAGGUACACGUAACCAUAUUUGGCAAAACACCAACUUGAGGUGCACAUAAAUAGACUUCUGCUUUUAGGGAUAAAGCUGUUUUGGAGGAGAAUGAAAGUAAAAGCGCGCUCAGACAGAAGGAUUAUAGCUUUAAUGCGUCAAAUAGCUAAAAGCGCAGAGUUUCCAGUGAGGUUACGCGCUGCUCAGUAGGAAAGGCUGGCUUUGAAUUUGGCUCUAGCCAGAGAGAACAUGCGCAGUGAGCAGCGUGCUGCCUUCAGUCGGCGGAGCAGCUGUCCAAGGUUUGGAAUUCCAACAUGGCAGAGGCUGUGGUCAGUCUUCCGCUCACUUACUUGGAUUGGUUUCAAAUCGCGAGCAGCCACGCUUGACCACAGCAGGCCGUUCAGCUCCGCUCUGGCCGGAUCGAUGCCGCUAUAAGCCCUGUCGCUGCCCUGUCACCUACACAGGCUCGAAGACAUGAUCACUAGCACCAGUAUUUAUGGUCUAAAGAUGCAGUGGACCCCCGAGCACACACAAUGGGCAGAGCAGCACUUUGACAUCUCAUCCACUACCCGCUCUCCAGCACACAAAGUGGAGGCCUACCGGGGGCACUUACAGCGAACAUACCAGUAUGCGUGGGCAAACGAUGACAUCUCUGCAUUGACUGCCUCCAAUCUGCUCAAGAAAUAUGCAGAGAAGUACUCCGGGAUCCUAGAAGGCCCAAAUGAAAGAGGUCUGCUGUGCUCGUACUCUGACAGCACCAGUGGACUCAUGAAUGGACGAAAGUCGGAGAAUGAGUCAUGGCAGGAGGGGAUUUACCCAAUGAACUGUGCUCCAGAUGUUAUACCUGUGAGCAAAGCUGGAAUGACAGCAGCCCUACCCCCAGCAGAUGUCUCGGCUAGCAUAGGCAGCUCCCCAGGGUUGGCCAGCAGCUUGUCCGAGCCUAGCUACUCCAGCAGUAACUGUGGGAGCCACCCAGCCACCACCCUCCACUCGGGCAUCCCCUCUCAGGAAUAUACUGCCAGCUACAACGGCUCCUACCUGCACUCUAGCUAUAGUGGCCAGAAUACCCCAGGCCUCCCCUCCCCACACCCUUCUCCUUUACAUAGUGCCGGACUGUUGCAACCACCCCCUCCACUUCCUCCACCUACUUUAGUGCCGAGCUACAAUGCCGGCUCUCCAAACAUUCCCAACUACAGUUACCCUCCAACAGGGUAUGCUUCACAGACUGCCGUGGGCCCUGGUUACAGUUCUGGGGGAGCACCUCCGCCUUCUGCAUACUUGCCAUCCGGUAUCGCAGCUCCUACACCAAUACCCCCUACCACGCUGCCCAGCUACACCUAUCAGUCGCACAACCAGACACCAAUUGCACCAACACCUUUGAACAGCAGCACAUCCAACUCCUUAAAGCGAAAGGCUUUCUACAUGAGCGGACAUGGGGACAUGGACCCAGGCUAUGAAAAUUUUAACUACAACCAGCCCCGCUCCUCGCAGAGCCCGAUGUACAGAGUAGCAGACAGCAGCAUAUCAGACUCAAGCAGGGGCAGUGGUUUUGAAAGAAAUCCCAAUGCAUCUUCUUUAGCUUUUAAGUCCACUAAACCCCAGAUGUCCUCUGAUCAGCAAAGGAAGUUUAAUUUGCACUCUGGCAGAGCACUAAGUCCUCCAUCCUAUGGAUCAACCAAAAGCUCAGUGGGGGAACUCAGAACUGGUGAGCCGUACAGCAAAUUUGGAUCUCCUAUUAUGAGUGAGCAAACUGAAGAGCACAGACAGCAUCUGUCCCACUCCAUAACAGGGCCUGACAUUGGUUCAGCUACCUCGUCUAUUCAUGCUGCAGAAGAACAGCUAAAAAACAGUGACUCAAAUUUGGUGGAGAUGGUGACAACAGAAAUCCUUCAGCAAGGCUCUGCUGUGGACUGGAGUGACAUUGCAGGUCUUGAAAUGGCCAAAGCAGCUAUUAAGGAGGAAAUACUGUGGCCGAUUUUAAGGCCUGAUAUGUUUAGUGGACUAGCAUCAAUACCCCGCAGCCUCCUCUUGUUUGGUCCUCAGGGAACGGGGAGAUCACUGUUGGCACGCUGCAUGGCCACCCACCUGGGAGCUGCUUUUUUCAGACUAAGCAGCUCCACGCUGGUGACCAAGUGGCUGGGAGAAGGGGACAAGAUCAUCCAGGCUGCGUUCCUUGUAGCUCGGUGUCGUCAGCCAGCAGUAGUUUUCAUCAGUGAUGUGGAUCUGCUGCUUUCAGCUCAGCUCAGCGAAGACAGCCCAGUGAAUCACCUGAAGUCUGAGCUCCUGAUACAACUUGACAGUAUUCUUACCUCAGCUGAGGACCAAGUUCUUGUGGUCUGCUCCACCAGUAAUCCAGAAAAGAUCCCCGACUCCCUGCGGAGGUACUUUACAAAGCGAUUACUCAUCCCGUUGCCUGAUGGAACGGCACGCCAUCAAAUAAUCAGUCAGUUUCUCUCACAGCACAACUAUUGUCUUAGUGACAAAGAAAUGUCACUGCUGGUUCAGAGGACAGAGGGACUUUCAGGACUAGAUGUGGCUCAGCUGUGUCAGGAGGCUCUGAUUGGUCCUCUCCACGGCAUGCCUGGUGCCGAGCUGUCAGGCAUCCACCCAAGUCAGAUGAGGCCGGUCUCAUACCAAGAUUUUGACAAUGUAUUUUGCAAAUUCCAGCCAAGCAUAUCACAAAAAGAACUUGACAUGUACAACGAGUGGAAUAAAAUGUUUGGUUGCAGUCAAUGAAAGAAAACCAUCAAACACAAUUUCAAUGAACUAUGAGCAUUCAAAUACGUUAACCUGAAAUAGAGAAUAGAAAAUCCUCCUGCAGGCUUCAGCCAGAUGGUGAAAACGGUCUAAACUCCUAAAGUUAAAUUAAAAUGCUCAAUGAAUAAAAAAAAGAUGCUCUCAUUUUUUUGUACAUAAAUAUAUAUAUGAUAUUUAUACAUAUAUCAAUAUACUGCUAAUCUUGAGAUUUAGUUGCUGUCAAGUGCCUGACAUGGUGCUGUUUAAGCGUUUUGUUUUUCCCUUAUCUUCACACAGUUUUCAUUUGUGGCAUGUGCUAAUAGAAAAAAAAAGCUUUACAGUGUGACAUAAAAAAGUUGUUUUUCAUUGGAAGAGUGUUUUUUCAGCUGUGUCUGUUAUGUGCUCUCUGUGAACCGUUGUGGUUAAUUUGAGCUAAAUUAAAUCUAUUGGCAUCAUUUCAGUUGGGCUCCAUCGCCUCGCACUGGUUUCAUGUGUGCGUAAUCAUUUAAUUACAAGAACACUGACACACUUGUGUUGAAACAGUCAGAUCUGUUCCGUAGAAAACAUGUUGGAGUUGGUCGUGUUGUAGCUUUUCCCUGUAACUGAGAACAAGUACUAAUUUUCCUUUUUUUUCAGUUCAGUUUGAGUUAAAAAACAAAAAGCAUUUUGGUAAAAAAAUAAAUAUAUAUUAUGGAAGGUAAUUAAAAUGUUUUUUCUUUCUUUUGCUAUCUUUAUAAAAACUCAGGAAUGUAUAGUACCUCAAGAGCUUGUACGCAAGUGGGCUUGCAUUUGAAGUUUAAGUAUCAAAACACACAAGUCUUUAAUACCUCAAAAGGCUCAAAGUGUGAAGGCUCUUAAAGUGAAUGUAUGAAGGUAAUGGUUGAUUAUUUGUGAGAUUUUUCUGAUGAGGAUUUCAUGUCGUUUGAGUUUGUUUUAUAGAAAACUGACAGCCACUGUGGGAUUUUGGUUAUACUCCCACAUGCAUUUUUGCUUUAACAUUUUUUUUCUGUUAGCUGGAAAAAAUAUCUGUUUAGUCCCUUGUUUUGAGAGAUACGGCUGUUCAAGGGCAGUUUGGGGCAGCACUGAGAGAAAUUCAAAAUACAAACCUUUUGGGUUGAGAAGGAAAAAUGCCCUAAGCUUUUUUUUUGUUUGUUUUCUUUUGGCACUAUCUUCUGCUGCUGUUUUAUCAUUAGGAUUAUGUACAGCCUAAUUUCAUUUUCUACCUCAGUGUUUAUCUCUAAAAACAAAUUCAAAAAAGGCAGCAAAGAGACAGCACCUCUGCUUUACUGAUGAGUAAAACCUAUGAAAUUCCCAAACCGCAAUUUCCUGUGUGAAACAUCUAUCAGCUUUGCCUUUUGAUAACACUUUUUUUUUCAUCGUGUAAUCCAUCCAUUGCCUUUAGCUAAUUUGGUCUUUAUCAACCCACUGGUACAUCCACAGUUGCAUCAUGUUUGUUUUAGACAGCUGAGUCUGUGAUGUGAAAAGCAAAAUUAAAGGUCUUUCUGAUACAGAUUUUCUUUCUUUUUUUUUUUUCGGGAAGCAUCGUGAAGCAUCCACAAAUUUGCUGAUAUUACAUUUAUGGUGAUUCUUCAAUUUGAGCAGCUCUAUUUACUGUAGACUCCCUUACAAGAAAAAUAAACGACAUGAAGCGCUAGUUUAAUGAGAUCAGGAAAAAAAGUAAAAACCAUAAAGCAGAAAAGAAAACGAGAAAGGUAGCACUGCGGGUAUUAAGGAAAAGAACUGCAGAGGUGCUCAGGUUUAAGGUAUUUUUAUGCAGUAUUUUGCUGAAGGUUUUACUUAUUUUACCUUCAGGCAUAUAAUCAUUAUCAUGAUCCCUGCCGUCUGAUUUGCCAUCACCUCGUCAUCUCAUGGUUUUCAUCGGUAGGCAUCAGAAUCAGAAGCACAGCAUCUCGCUGCAUUAAGAAAAGCAGUUAGCCUCAUCAACAGACGUACUUUGUCAGGCUUUUAAAUUAUGCAGGAUUUAAAGGAUGAUCUUAAAAACAUACACACAACUCACAUUAAAUGAGUUGAUCAUUAUUCUAAAGUAGAUUAUCUGAACAUUGUUGGGUAACAGUACUCAGAAUGGAAAACUAAAUUAGAUUAUUCAAGCAAAAAAAUUAAUAUAUGAAAAAAGAUUCCAUCUUUGCUACAGUUGCAUUUUUAUUAAAAAUUAUAUGAGUGAUCCUUUGUCUUUGUUUUUAACUGAAACACAUUAUUUGUAGAAGGUUUUCUCAAAAGAAUUGCAUUUUGGUAUUUUGGAUUUUUCCUGAAACCAAAGUAAAUCCCUUUUUUUAAGUGAUAAACAGGAUUUAAUAGAAUUUGUGAGUUUCAGUGCUCUGCCAUAAACCACACAGUUUUCCUUGAAGGUUUUUUCCAUCGUCAGUGGAAGUUAUAGUUUUUUUCCUGAUAGUUUGUGUGAAAUUUAAGAGAAACAAGACCUCUAUUCUUAACAGAUCCACACUGUCAUUGUUGCGACACUAAACAUGGUAUUUCUUUGUAGUUGAGGUCUAAAAAAAAGCGUAAACAUGGCAGAGAGUCAAACUGCCUUUUGUCCCACUACAACACAAGUUCACAACACAUUUCCUUUUUUUUCUAUUUUUAAGGGGGUGUUUGAAGUCCUAAGUUGCAUUGAUAAGGACAGAUUCAGCAGAGUUUUAUAUAUGCGAAUAUAGGAACGCUCAAACGAAGCAGUACUAAUUGUCUCCUAGACAACAGAAAGUCUUGUCAUGUACUCUGUGUUGUUCCCGUCUGUCUUUCAGACAUAAGUGGAGUUACAUUUUUAUGAUUGUUUUAACUGUCACAACAACUGGAGCGUAGGAAGACGUACGGCCAAAACUGUUUCACACCCAUCAAGACAAUUGUUGAUAUUUUAGAGGCUAUAAGUUAUAAUAACUUGAUAAGACCCAAAGCUUUUAUUUAUAAGCAUACCAGUUUUCACAGUGGCACCAAGUUAGAAAUUUACAUCUCUUUUUUCUUUUUUUGCUGUAUUUAUGUAAUUACUCUUACGGUCGAAAUAUGGAUUCCAUUCCAGUUUUGAAAAUCUGCUGAACUUUAUGACCAUUUCUACCUCAUUGCUUCAUAUGUACUGUUGUUAAUGUUUUUUGUCAUUUUGAAUGUCAUUCAUUUAUGGAUUCCUUGAAGUUAGUUUUUUUUUUCUUUAUUUAUUAUUUUUUUAUUAAAGCGGUGACAUAGGGAAAAAAAGAUUCUGCUUAAGUCUGAGGAAUCUACAAAGGAGGCUGAUUUUAUACUGUCAAAGAACAGAAGGAAAAAGGCACCUUGAGGCUAAAGAUGAAGUUAACCUGCACAACCCGAUCUACGGUUUAUUUACAAUGACAAACUGCAAUCUCUUCAAGGUCUUUGAUAAAAAAGUAUUUUCCUUGGAGAAAAAGUGGAACUGCUUUAAACCUCUGUGCAUUGUUGUAAUUCUAUGUAAUUUGUGCGAUUACAAUUCAACAGUCAAGUAUGAGGGACAAACCUUUUGUUAUGAGUAUUUAGAAUUUUUACUCUGCUUAGACAUGUACAGAAAUCCAACUUGCACAUAGCUGUAUGUAUUGUACAUUUGCUAUUGGUUUACAGCAAACAUACAAAAAUGCACCACAUACAUGUUUAUAUGUGUGUAUGUAUUGCCAUAUUUACAGUACAGUCAGUUUUCUUUGUAUUAUCAUUUCAAAGGUUAUUGAAAUACUGAAUAAAGGCGGUUUGCUUUUCAAAA